GUUACCAGAUUAUAAUCCCACCAAAGGAAUUAGAGAAUUUGUGCAUAAAUCUUACUGGUGUUUUGCUGAAUGUUAUAUGGAUGAAUGCUGGAUGGAUGUUCUUGAAUCCAAAGCCUGGUUUUCCUUCAUACUUAUCCUGUCUUCUCUUCCACUUCCGACCAUUCUCCUCCGUAAAGCCGCCAAGUUUUCCGGUGAAUUCUGCACGAGGAAUAAGCCUCCUUCUUUCUACUUCUGGAAGGGAAGGCAAUGUCCGUCUUGGUUCUUCCAUCCAUGCUUCCAUCCUCAAGGACCCAGAAUUUGUUCUUUUGGGAAAUCAAUCUAGUACCCAGGACGUUCUUGUAGUUUGGAAUUCUCUUUUGACAAUGUAUGCUAGAUGUGGUAGGACACAAGAUGCAUCCCAAGUGUUUGAUGAAAUGCCUGUGAAAGAUACUGUUUCGUGGAACUCGAUUGUUUCAGGAUUUUUAAGUAAUGGGAACUUUAAAAUGGGAUUUGGGUAUUUCAAAGAAAUGAUGGGUUCUAGUAGUUUUAAAUUUGAUCAUGCAAGUCUGACUACUAUUUUAUCAGCUUGUGAUGGGCUUGAUUUCAUUAUGGUUAACAAGAUGAUGCAUGGAUUGGUUCUUUUGAGUGGCCUGGAGAGGGAAAUAGCUGUAAGUAAUGCAUUGAUUACUUCUUAUUUUCGAUGUGGCUGUGCUGAUUCUGGCAGGCAGGUGUUUGAUGAGAUGGCUAUGAGGAAUGUUAUCUCUUGGACAGCUGCGAUUUCUGGUCUUGCUCAAAAUGAGUUUUGUGAGGAAAGCUUGGAUUUGCUUGUGAAGAUGCAAGGUGCUGCUGUUGUGCCUAAUUAUUUGACAUAUUUAAGUGCAUUGUUGGCAUGUUCUGGCAUGAAGGCACUCGGGGAGGCUCAUCAAAUUCAUGGGAUCGUUUGGAAGUUGGGGUUUCAAUCAGAUUUGUGUAUAGAAAGUGCAUUGAUGGAUGUGUAUUCCAAGUGUGGCAGUGUACAAGAUGCUUGGCAGAUGUUUGAAUCUGCGGAGGUUCUUGACACAAUUGCGAUGACAGUUAUGCUUGUGGGAUUUGCCAAAAAUGGAUAUGAAGAAGAGGCUUUGCAGAUCUUUGUAAAAAUGGUAAAAGCAAGGGUUGACAUUGACCCUGAUGUAGUGUCAGCCAUUCUCGGUGUCUUUGGUAGCGAUACUUCUUUGGCUCUUGGCAAGCAGGUGCAUUCUUUAAUCAUCAAGAAAGGUUUCAUUUCCAACUCGUUUGUACGUAAUGGGCUAAUUAACAUGUAUUCCAAGUGCGGUGAACUGGAAGAAUCUGUCAAAAUCUUUAACAGUAUAGCUCAAAGAAAUGCAGUCUCUUGGAAUUCCAUUAUUGCAGCCUAUGCUCGUCAUGGGAAUGGCUAUAGGGCACUCCAGUUAUACGAAGAAAUGAGGUCAUAUGGUGUGGAUCCAACUGAUGUUACAUUCAUCUCUUUGCUUCAUGCUUGUAGUCAUGUAGGGCUAGUAAAUAAAGGUAUGGAAUUCUUUGAAUCAAUGCAGAUUAUCUAUGGGAUGACUCCAAGAAUGGAGCAUUAUGCUGCUGUAGUUGACUUGCUUGGUCGAGCUGGACUGCUAUGUGAAGCCAAGAGUUUCAUUGAGGAGCUACCAGUAAAGCCAGACAUAUUUAUUUGGCAGGCAUUACUUGGUGCCUGUAGUAUUCACGGUGAUGCUGAGAUAGGGAAAUAUGCAGCUGAUCAAUGGCUCUUGACUUCACCUGAUAAUCCCGUGCCAUUUGUUCUACUGGCUAAUAUAUAUUCUUCCAGAGGGAGGUGGAAAGAGAGAGCUAGAACCAUAAGGAAAAUGAAGGAGACGGGAGUGGCAAAGGAGACAGGGACAAGCUGGAUAGAGAUUGACAAGGAAAUCCAUUGUUUCGUAGUUGCAGAUCAAAUGCAUCCCAGAACCAUGAUCAUUUAUUCUACCUUGCUGGAGUUGUUCAGACACAUGAGAGAUGAAGGGUAUGUACCAGAUAAUAGGUUCAUUCUAUAUUACAUGGAUGGUGAUGAGACGGAUUUUUCAGUCGAUUUGCAAGAUACCUCUCAACUGGUUGGUGGCUGAUCAUUGCUAUGUAAUCUAUGUAUCUUGACUCAUUGCAGCAA